AUGUCGUGCACCUCCGAUCGUCCAUCCCAACCAAUUCUAACGAUCACCACGUCCAAAAACUGGGUUCUUCCUCCCCGGCCCAAAAACACUCGUAAGGCUAAGGCUGCACAAGAGAAACGCAAAUCCAAACCGGCAACAACCGCUGCUACGGCUACACCUGACUCCACGACCGCACCAGCAACUAGGUGUGUCAAACAAUCUAGUGCUGCAGUUACCCAUGCUUCAACGCCGACCAGUAAAUCCACCUAUGGGGCCACCAAUGGCUUAGAUCGUGGCUCUCGUCCACCCCAGCCAUCUCAUCCCUCCACACUCGGGCCUGCUGCCGCAUCUUCAUCCACAGCAUUGAAUUUAGAGUCUCCGGAAGACCUCGUGAUGGAAAUGCGUGCAAUUGAGCUGGAGAACUACCACCUAAAGACUAAGUUGUUGCUGCUCAUACAUGACUACAAGACCUUGAAAUGUCAGGUGGUUCUGCAGCCACCAAUCACUGAUUUGUACGACUCGGCCUCUACCGCCCGUAAGAGAAUGUUCGGCGAGAUGGGUGACCCUAUGUCUGACCUCAUCAUGGAUUUGAACGGCCUCUCGCAUGCAAGCCCAGCUCCUGCUUCUCUUGUGUCCCCGGUGGAACCAGAAGUGCCUUCCUCUAGCAUCGAGAACGAACUCUUCAAUUUCGUCAAUCUCGACGAGAGUGCUUUGAACGAGUAUGAAGAAGAUGGUGUUGAUGAUGAGUUGGAUGAAGAUUCGGACUCUGUAUGUUUGUCAAGGAUGACCUCGCCUGCCUCCGAAAGCGACGAGCAUCUGUUGAUGACCACCUUGACCAGAUCAACAACCGUUUCAACCACGAACUCUACCUCAGAUAAGAAGCUAGGAGACACUUUUAAACUUUAUGACCUUCCCUCCUACCUGGAGGACGACUACGCGUUUCUGUUCGAGAACAUGAGCCAGUUUGGCAAAAAAAUGUCCAUCAUCGAAGAGGAUCACUACAACCAAGUGACCGACUUCUUGGAGGAGAAACUUUUAAGCAACGAUGUCAAGUACUACGUCGAAAAGAGCCACGCACUCAGGCAACAGUAG